AUCCAUCCUCGACAAAAAGGUUCGGGGGAGAAGCGCACACACACCUUCUGUAGGAGAGAGCACAGCAGAAAUGGCGACCCUCUCCAUGGUCUCCGGCCCCGUCGCCACCUCGUCCCUCCCCUUCCCCACCCGCCGCCGCGCCUCCUCCGUCUCCUUCCCCGCCCCCAAGAAGGGAGGCCUUGGCCACGGUGGCCUGAAGAUCGAGUGCAUCCGUAUCGGUGGUGUUGAGAUUCCCAACCACAAGAGGGUGGAGUACUCGCUGCAGUACAUCCACGGCAUUGGACGGACGCGCUCCCGCCAGAUCCUUCUGGACCUCAGCUUCGACAACAAGGUCACCAAGGACCUCUCCGAGGAGGAGGUCAUCACCCUCCGUAAGGAGGUCACCAAGUACAUGAUUGAGGGAGACCUUAAACGGUUCAACCGUGUGGCGAUCGAGAGGAUGAAGGAGAUCAGGUGCUACAAGGGCAUCCGGCACAAGCUCGGGCUCCCGGUCCGUGGCCAGAGGACGAAGAACAACUGCAGGACGCUCAAGGGAAAGAGGGCUCCAGUUGCCAAGAAGAAGUCAGCUGGAUCCGAAGAAUAGUGACAUUGCCAUGUAUUUACCUUGCGUUUAGUUUUUGUGUGCACUCCAUAAUGGCGGCGUCACCGCUCGGUGCUCCAUUGCCAAGUUUCCGUUCUGUCGUAGAUGAAAAUUAUGUGGGAUGUGGUCAGAUGCUGCAAAAGUUUAUAGCCAUGACAUCUUUUCUCUUA